AUGGCUUCCUCCUCUGCCAGGAAGCGGCCCUCUGAUGAAGAAUGGCUGAAACACAAAUCCACCAUAGAGCGCAUGUUCGUCAGGGAAAAGAAGUCUUUUGUCGAGACAAGACAGCGUCUGGAAAAUGAUGGGUUUCUGGUCACCAAGGCACAACUCGAAUACAAGUUGAAGCUCUGGGGGUUUCGCAGAAGAAUACCGAAGACCAAGAGUGAUGCCGUCUGGCAAUUCGUUGGUCGUCGUGUUCAACGAAGGAAGCAGCAAGGCAAAGAAACCGAGGUCAUGCUUGGCAACCAAAUUUUUGAUGCUGCCAAAGUCUGCAAAGAGAUCAAGCGGCACCAAGAAACCAUUGUUUCCAGACUUCGUCAUCCGAGUCCAACGACCCCUGAAGGACUAGAGAUUUCCCUCAACACCCCGGCACCACUGCCCAUGCAAUUCUUAUGGCCAACUAGUCUGCCCUGGAGCAAAUUUCAAGACAGCUUUCCUUUCGUUGUCUCUGCUCCGGGAUUGCUCAAGAACAUGAACGGCCUAUCAAAGGGUUCGAGUUGCCAGAAGGAAGACUUAUUCUUCACCGAAAUGCUACGGGUUGUUGCUCCUCAAUAUGUGUCUGGAAGCAGCGUUACUCAACUUGCUGCCGAGAUUGGAUCUAUUAUCCCAGAAACCCACCAAAAUGAGAACUUUGGUCGGGCUAGUCGACUUCUCCAGGGCACGGCCGACGAACGAUUUAGCGAAUAUGUCAAGAUGAUUUUGUAUAAGAUUUCGAACAAUCUCUUCUCGGUCAACAAGAUACAUACCAAAUAUGCCAACCGGCGACGGGGCGAGACUUCGGGUGAGGUCUCAUCCGAAGAAUGGGAAAAUAUUACCAAGACGCUAGAAACCUCAAGCAUCAUGAAGACACCUCUCCAGCUUGGAAACAUCACAGACGCUACAAUGACCGCAAUAAUGGAAAAGCUUUUCCAGAAUGCUAUGCGGAAUAUCGAGUGCAAGAUAUUCAACCAUUCCUGGGAGACGUCCUCUCACGGCAGGAUCAUCAACUGGUUGUUGCAGUCUGGUCAGAACCCGGACAUACGGAUCCAACAUCAUGGUGAAGAUUAUACAUCUGUGGUGACACCAUUACAAUUGGCAGCUCGAAUGGGAUCCUUGGAGCUGAUGUCACUACUUCUGGACCAUGGUGCCUGUCCUGACUUGGCAUUUGAGCCCUGGGACGAAUUUGACGAGUCUGGGACUGCCAAAUGUGCACAUCCCUUGCUGGAAACAGUUCGUCAUUACAACGGCUUUUGUGAAGGCCGUUUGGGUAUGAUUGAACGCUUGCUGAAUAUGUGUUCAGAAGCUUCCAGGGAUUCGAUCAUCAGGAUGCUGAUGAGCUGUGGACGGUACUUCCCGGAGUUGAUGGAAGCGUUCAUUCGCACUGGAGCUGAUAUAUUCCAAUCAAUAAAGGCCACGACUGAUGAUGCCUGGUUUAUCGACACUUUCAGUAUCAUCGGCUGCACAGUCAAAUACAGCUGUAAGCCGGAAGAAUUGCAUCCGUUCUUUCGCUUGCUGGAGGAUGCUGGGAUUCAAAAUCUCUCUCAAAUCCCAGAAGCCGUUGAUACGACAAGUGUCGUCUUGCUUGCUGCAGUGGAAGGCAACACCGCCUUUUUGGAGGACUUACACAGCUAUGGCAUUGAUACCACCGCCACAGGGAAUCUUGGAAGUUCAGCAAUACACGUUUCUGCGUUCUACGGGCACCUCGAAACUUGCAAAAAGUUGGUCCUGGAGCAUCAUGCACCAGUAAAAGCCGUGGGGUUCAACAAGCAAAUCCCUUCUCCCCUACACUUCGCUGCAGCUGGAGGAAAUCUAGGAAUUUUUCGCUUAUUCCACCAAAGUAACCUCGACGUCAACGAAGUUUUUGAAGAUCAGAAUGGUCUGCAAUUUUGA